AUGCACACCAGGGAAAUUUGGUUUUUAUUAUUUCGUCGCUCCGAAAUUCAUAUCCUUCCCUUUGAAUAUCGGUUCGGGUGUAUCAAUAUACGUAAAGAAGAAACAGGAAGUAGCAGCGAAAUAAUUGACAAUGUUAUAAGUAGUCCAUUCAAUGGAUGGAUAAAACAUCAAGUGAAUUUUACUAGUGCAGCACCUGGAUACAAAAUUUACUUUGAACUUGAGAAAAAACUUGGGUCUGUUGCAUUUCAAUCCAGAAUUGCAAUCGAUGAAAUAUCAAUUCAUCAAGGAAGUUGUUUUGAUGAACCUUUAACUCAAAGUACAGCAACUAUAUUAAUUACAUCAAUAGAAUCAAUGACAACUGAUGUUAAUAUUCUAACUAAUGUACCAGAAACAUCCAUUGAACAAACAACAAGUAUAGCCACAACAGAACCUUUGACAACAUUUCGUACAUCGGAAAUGCCAAGCACUAUUUUUACUACAACGGCUUCUGCAUCAACAAUGAUUUCUUUGACCACGAUUGCGACUACAAGUACGACUACCAUGUCAAGUACCGUUACAACUUCAAAUACAAGUGGAACUAGUACGACAACUUCAAGUACUACGGCAAUUCCAAGUAUGACGACAACUACCAUGAAAAGCACAACAAUAACAAUAAGUGAAAUUUCAGCAACAACAACUACGAAAAUGUUUACGUCCACUACAACAUCAAUUGAUCUAACAACUGGAAAUGUUGAACCGACUUCAACAACUAGUGUUUCUUAUAUAACAACAACCAUAGAUGAUGUUCAAAUUACAUCAUCUGUCAAACUUUAUGUUAUUAUUUUAGCUACUGUUAUUCCUAUUGGCACAGUUAUAGUGAUUAUUUUAACUAUCUGGCUUAAAUAUUUCGUUUGCAAUAAAAAAUCCAAGUCAAACAUUUUUGAAAUGAACCGAGUGAGACCAGCAUUCAUAUAA